AUGAUUAUCGCAUUUGUGAUAGAUGUUUGUGAAGAUGAGACUUUAGUCGGAUCGUCCCUAUUGGAUAUUGUCAAAGAUGGAAUUCGGAAUUUUCUAGAGUAUAUGAAUGGAACACGAGAUCAGUAUCGUACCAAAUAUCUCUUAGUGUCAUCCGAUAAAGAAGGUUAUUGUAUAAAGUGGGAAUAUAAAAAAGAUGGAAAUAAAUUAUAUAAAUUAUUUGAACAACUUGAGCUAUUACAACCAGACCCAUUAUUCUACGGAUCGGGACUUGAAACAGUUUUUGAGUAUUUAAAUUUUCGUCGCAUAUGUAGAUGGCAUGAUUUUUUUUGUAGAGGCAACUAUAUCGAACACAACGAGACUUCUUGUAUAUUUUGGUUUACAGAUGGAAAGAAUUUAAAUUGGUUGAAUAACGGUCUCGUGUACUCGAAGGAUUCAGAAAAAAGUACAAAUAUUUACCAAGAAAAGUAUCGAUGGGAGCAGAGAUUGUAUACUUUUUAUCUUUCGAAAUCAGAUUCGUCUGAUUUUCCAAGACAAUUAGAUUGGAUAAAUAUGAAAAUGCUUGGUCAAUUGUAUAAAAUUCAAACAUUUGAGCAAAUGGUCCAUGCAUUUGAUAAUAUCAUUUGCAUAAAGGAUCCAUAUCCACUUUCUAAGUUACGUCAUAUGCGUCCAUUGAAAAAGACGUGUGGGGUACAUUUGAAUUUAGUUGAACUAGAGGAUGGAUCUCCUGAAAGGAAUAAUCAUUUUGUUCAUCUCUACGUCGAUCCGAAUAAGAUAAAUGGAACUUAUCCAAUUCCUGAAGAAUAUUGGGUUGAACCUGAUGCAAUGAGAGGGUUUUCCCCAAAAUUCGUGUAUGAACAUAAACGUCCAUCGAUCCCUACGAUCAUAUUUUGGAAAACUAAUAAAUUAAGUGCGGACGUUUAUGAUUUGCCACCUCAAUUUUCUCGCGACAUUUACAAGUUAUCAGAUUGUGACGUGAGCAAAGAAUUAUUGAGGCAAAAACCAGGAACUAAAUGGCCUGUUUAUGUUGAACAUAGUGGACGACAUAGUCAAGGUGUACUUGGUCAACCGUUUGGAUAUUUGACAGCCAUCAGAAAAGAUGAAUAUACUAUUGAAGCAUAUAAUAUACAGAAUUACGCAGAGCCAUCGAUGGAUUGGAGAAAAGCGAUGGAAGGAUAUUUGUACAAUAUCCCGUGGUACUAUUAUUCGAUACUUGCUAGCACAUUGAAACAAUAUUAUGGAAUUUACAGUAACAUCUUUCCUAUUUUAAAUAUGGAAAGAUAUGACUCUUGGUGUAAGCAACUCACGAAAGAAGCAGAUGCGAAGUUCAAUCAAAUGAUUGAAAAAAACAUUUCCAACCGUUUGAAUCUCUUCAAGCCCUUAUUAUUGCCUAAAAAG